CCUCCGGUCUACCGUCUCCCUCUCUCUCUUUCUUCCUCUCACUCGAGCGUGGACCGUUGCCGGGAGUACACUGACGAAGAAUCCUCUGACCUCCGUGUCUCAUCCUCUCAUUCGCCAAGAUGGUGUACCAAGUGAAAGAUCAGGAAGAUUUUACUAAGCAGCUAAACGAGGCCGGAAACAAGCUGGUCGUCAUCGACUUCUACGCCACCUGGUGCGGGCCAUGCAAAAUGAUCGCACCUAAGCUGCAGGAGCUGAGUCAGUCGAUGAGCGAUGUGGUUUUCCUGAAGGUGGAUGUGGACGAAUGCGAAGACAUUGCCCAAGAUAACCAGAUUGCAUGCAUGCCUACUUUCCUGUACAUGAAGAAUGGCCAGAAGCUUGACAGCUUGUCUGGCGCCAACUACGAUAAGCUUGUCGAACUCAUCGAGAAGCACAAGUAAACCAUUCCACUGCUCUCUCUGUCACCAAGAGCAUGAAAGAUGGACCAUCUUUGCAAAUUAGAUCUGCUUAAAGUAUUUUGUUUUAGAUUAAUAGUGUGUGAUUAAAGACAAAAGAGAAACUGUUUUAUUGUUAUUUAUUUUGUCAUAAAUAUUCACUUUUUUUCUAAAUUUCUCUAAAAAAAAGUUGAUAAGGAUUUGACAAGCACCUGUUUGUUGAAAUUAUUUCUUUUGUUUUGAUGGAAAAUAGUUUAGGCGGCUAAUUCUUUCAAGUGAAUAUCCAAGAUCUUUUAAUUAUUGCAUUUUAUUAACUACCAGUGACUGUUUGUGCCUUUUUAUGUAAUGUAGAGCUUGGAUUUAUAAGAUUUCAAUAAAGUCUGAAUAUCUAC